AUGGCUGCGCAGGAGGUGCAGGACGUGCUGCAGGACGUGCCGGAAAGGCACGUGAAGGCAGCCCUCAAGGCCGUGGAGGACCUAAAGCUUCGGCCAGAAGACCUACACGCCUUGGUCCGCCUGCAGGAUGAGGCUUGCAGGCCCGACGGCAAGGUGCCCCUGAGCCAGAGCUUCGCCUUUUUUUGGCGAACGAGAUGUGGUGGUUGGAGCAAGGAUCGGGGCACUGUGCCUGCUUGUCCUGCUACAGAUGCUACAUCUCCCCGAUGCUGGGAGAAAAAGAUCGAAAGGCCCUGGAGUGUAUCUCCGCCGACUGCCGCUGCAUGUCGGCCAGGCCGGCAAAGAAGCCAGCUGUCAGCUGCCAAGGCUCCGGCAAAGAAACCGGCAGCAGAUGCUGGAGUGGAGCUGCCCGAAGGCGAGCAGCUGCCCAAAAGGGAGCUCACAUGUGAGCUGCCCUCGGUGCAGCCGCCAGAGGGCUGGCAAGCGCCGGUCUUCACUCGGCCGCUGAACGUGGCGGUGCCCUGCACGGGCAUCGAUGGCUGCGGCCACGCUUUGCAAGUCCUCGGCAUCACGGAUGCACGCUUCUCCAUGGUGCAUGAUGUCGAGGGCAGGUACGAGCGCUAUCUGCAGGACCACCUCCCUGCAGAUACGCUUGUCCAUGCGGGCAAGGCAGGAGACAUCACUGCCCUUGCCCGCUCCAUGGACAAGGUCCAGCGGCCCGUGGACGUGCUGGUGAGCGGGCCACCCUGCCCGCCGUGGAGUCUGCAAGGCAAGCGACAGUCCACGCUGGACGCAAGGAGCUGGGUCCUCAUUGCCGUGAUCAAGCUCGCGGUGAUGUUGAUCAUGGUGGGCGAGCUCUCCGCCAUGGUGAUCGAGAAUGUCGUGGGCAUCUCGCAGAAGCUGCCUGGGCAGCAUGAGCCUUUCAUGCAGGCGCGGAAGGAUGUGCUCCUGCGUGCGGAGGUUGCCCAGUUCAGUUGGGGCUUUCACUGCCUCAGCGCGGUGGACUAUGGCUUGCCACAGCAGAGGACGAGAGUCUUUCUCGUCGGCAUCCGCUCAGGCUACGGCGGCGUGCCACAGCCGCUGGGGCCUUUCGGCCGGAGAACUCUUCGGGAGUUCUUGGCACCCGGGCUGCCCCCCGUGGACGUCUCCAAGCUGACGGCCAGCUUGAAGAAGAAUCUGGCCGAUGCUUGGCGGGCGCUGCGGAAGCUGGCCGCUGAGGGCAGCACCGCUUCUGUGGUGUGUUGGCCGCUUGACCGGUCGGAGGGCAUGACGUACCCUCGGAAGUUUUUCUUUGAUGUGGCGCCGACCCUGACGACGGCCAACACCCGCCUCUUCGUCGCCUCCAUGGACGACCUGCACAUGGGGCCGCAGCAGCGUGCCUUCUGGCGCUUCUUGCGGUGCGAGGAGCGGAUGGCUCUGCAAGGCUUCCCGCCGAACACCCUGCAGGGUGAGAGCGACGCUCUGAGGACGAAGGCGUCCGGAAACGCCUACCCGGCCCUGGCAAGAGGCAAGCUGGCAUAUGUGCACCCUUGGCAGGGAUCAGCGGCGGCGAGCCGCUUUGAGGCGCAGAUCAGCAAGGCGGUGGCUGCGAGCGAUGGACAGUCGUCGGCCGCCGAGCAGUCGGCAACUGUGAAGAAGAGGCCUGCAUCGGCCGUGGCUGCUGGGCCAGUGAAGAAGAAGCCGGCUAAGCGAGCCCUCGAAAAGAGCGGCAUUGGGAAGAAUGAGGAUAAUCUUCGAAAGAUGGUGGAUGGUGUAAUCAGAGAUUUGCUGUCCGCUCCGGACAUGUGCUUUGCGCAAGCCAGCAAACUGCUGGCGCAGAUCACGCAGAGCGGCUUGCGCCAAAACCUGAAGGAACUUCUGGUGGAGGCGCUGCAAAGCAAAGUUUCGGCCGACGCUGCCGGCGAGGCUGCUGAGGAAGUUGCUGCCAAGGCCGAGAAGAACACGAAGAAGCUCCAGAAGUGCAGGCAUCUGGAGAACUACCUGCUUGAGACGGAGUGGGAGCAACUUCGUAACCCGAAGCGGUCUUGGGAUGACAAGCUUCGGCUCCUUGCCCGCCGAUACGUGAGCAUCGGCCUGACGUGUCCUUCGGAAAGAACGAGCAAGUAUGCUCUUGUGGUGCUGUUUGUCGCAAACUACAAUGGUGAUGGGGGUAUCAACACCCUCAGCAUCAAUGCGCAGCAGGCCUACAGCUGCUUGCAAGAUUUCAAGACGAUGGUGAAAGCUUUUGCGAAGCAAGGCGAGUACUCCAAGCUCCUGCUCUACCCCGCCAGCCCAGCUGACUUGCCACGGGAGCUUUACUUGCAGGCCUACGGGACCGAAACCCCGUCUGCCAGUCCGCUGGCAGACUCAGACCUGGUCCUUGUGGACUCCGCCUUGCCAGCCCGGAAGACGCACAGCAGCGUGGAUCGGGCCAAGACCCCUUUGCGACUCACAGGCCGGGACACGCACCUGCAGGAGGCUAUGUCCCAGCUCUUUCUGCAGUUGUUUGAAGGCAGAUGCAAUGGAGGCUUCUCUGCAGGCUGCAGCGGAGCAGCACUCAAGAUGCUGCAAGGCGCCCGGAAGAGGCCGUUGGCGCUCAUGAACGGUGGUGAAGACAGCCAGGGCGGCAGCGAGACUGCAAGCCCCGACCAGAAGCGCAGCAAGCAAGCUGUGCAGCAGGCGGAGGAGGAGGAAAGCAAGGAGGAAGCCGCCGAGCCGCUUGCUCUGGAGCCGCCCGAAGCGGAAGAAGCCGUGGAUGACAUAACUUUGAAAAUCGCUGAGCAGCUGCAGCAAGGAAAGGACGAGAAGGCCGCAGCCAGGGCGGAAAAGCCUCAGGCGAAAGCCAAAGCAAAAGCCAAGGCAAAAGCCAAGGCAAAAGCCAAAGCAGAAGCCAAAGCCAAAGCUGUUGGAAAAGUUUUGGACUUUCCAGGCACGGAGGCAAGAGAUGCCAUCAGUGUGGGCAACUUUAGGAUCUACACGGCGGUGAAUUCCCAAGCCUACCGAGUGAGGCCGCUGGGAGAAAAGAAAGACAAGGCUUUCAGCUGGAAAGCGACAAGUGCCGAGGAGGCUUGGAACCGCGUUGUGUCCUACUUGAAGGAGCAGAAAGCGUGA